UAAUAAUUAACAAUGGAUAAGGGAAAAACAAGUGUCACCUAUAACGCUGAACGAGUCAUUGGAAACGGAUCUUUUGGAGUUGUUUAUCAAGCAAGAGUCACCGAAACCGGAGAAGUAGUGGCUAUUAAGAAAGUAUACCAGGACAAAAGAUACAAAAACAGAGAACUUCAGAUUAUGAAAGAGCUAUUCCAUCCCAAUGUUAUUACCAUGAAGCAUGCUUUCUACACUAGUGGAGAUAAAACAGAUGAAGUUUAUUUAAAUGUUGUUAUGGACUACAUCCCUGAAACAGUAUACAGAGUUAUGAGGCACUAUGUCAAAAUGAAACAAAGUGUCCCCGUCCUUUUGGUUAAGCUGUAUGCCUACCAGAUGUUUAGAUCCCUUGCUUAUAUUCAUUCUCUUGGAAUUUGCCAUAGAGAUAUUAAGCCACAAAAUUUAUUAGUUGAUCCAACAACUCAUAUUUUAAAACUUUGAGAUUUCGGGUCAGCAAAGAAGUUGAUAAAGGGAGAACCAAAUGUUUCAUACAUCUGUUCUAGAUAUUACAGAGCCCCAGAACUGAUCUUUGGAUGCCAGGACUACAACAGCAUUAUUGAUGUAUGGAGUGUUGGAUGUGUCAUUGCUGAGCUUCUUCUCGGCCAACCACUUUUCCCAGGAGAAUCUGGAGUUGACCAGUUAGUAGAAAUCAUUAAGGUUCUCGGAACACCAACAAAGGAACAAAUUAUGGCAAUGAAUCCUAACUAUACUGAAUUCAAAUUCCCUCAGAUUAAAGCUCAUCCAUGGAGAAAAGUGUUUAGAUCAAAGACUCCAGCUGAUGCUAUUGAUUUCAUCUCAAAAGUACUUGUAUAUGAUCCAAAUGAAAGAUUACAGCCAAUGGAAUGCCUUUUGCACUCAUUCUUCGAUGAGCUUAGAGAAGAGGGAACUAAGUUGCCUAGUGGAAAUCCUCUCCCAGACCUAUUUAAUUUCACCAAAGAGGAAAAAUCUACAACUACUGCUGAAGUGAUCGAACAAUUGACCCCAUCCUGGUACACUGGAGGGCUGGAAUAAACAGUGGAAAUGACAGAGAGAGAAAGAAUGUGAUGUC